GGUGCGCCCCGACAGAAGCCCCGGAGGCGGUCCCCGUGCUCCCGGCCACCUGCCCGCCGUCCGCGCCCUCGCCGCCGCCCCCGGGCCACCAUGAAGCCGGCCGGGCCCGCGCUGCUCCCGCCGCCGCCGCUGCCGCUGCUGCUGCUGCUGCUGCUGCUGGGCGCCGGCGGGCGCGCCGACGUGCUGUUCAGCUGCCCGCCCUGCUCGCCCGAGAGCCUGGCCGCCUGCCCGCCGCCGGCGCCCGACAACGCGCGGCCCUGCGUGGAGCUGGCCCGCGAGCCGGGCUGCGGCUGCUGCGCCAAGUGCGCCCUCCUGGAGGGCGAGGCCUGCGGCGUGUACACCCAGCGCUGCGCCCACGGGCUGCAGUGCUACCCGCGCCCGGGCGCCGAGCUGCCGCUGCAGGCGCUGCUGCAGGGCGCCGCCACCUGCGAGAAGGUGCGCGACCCGGAGGACUCAGACCAGGGCCGAGACUAUAACUACCCUGCGUUUAGGGAAGCGACCAUCUUGGGAGGUGGAGGCAGCGCCGGCCGGAAGGCCUUCACCCCGGGCAUGAAGGAGAUGGCUGUGCUGCGGGAGAAGGUCAACGACCAGCAUCGCCAGAUGGGCAAGGGUGGCAAGCACCCCCCCGGCCCGGAGGACCCCAAGAAGCUCUGGCCUUCGUCUCCCAGGACGCCGUGCCAGCAGGAACUGGACCAGGUGCUGGAGCGGAUCUCCACCAUGCGCCUCCCGGAUGAGCGGGGCCCCCUGGAGCACCUCUACUCCCUGCACAUCCCCAACUGCGACAAGGACGGCCUGUACAACCUCAAACAGUGCAAGAUGGCCGUGAACGGGCAGCGUGGGGAGUGCUGGUGCGUGGACCCCAGCACCGGGAAGCCGCUGCAGGGAUCCCCCACAGUCCGCGGGGACCCGGAGUGUCAGCGCUACUACACCGAGCGGAUGCAGUAAACCGCAGCCAGCGGCGCCUGGCACCCACGGCCCUCUCCGGACACGGGCGGAGAGGAGGGUGCCUGGGUGGUGGGAGGGGAGGGCUUCCCGGGAGUGUGACACAUGUAUUUAUACCGGGAAAGAGACCCGCACCGAGCCUGGCACGCCGCUGCCUGCCCCUCCCGGCGGGAGAGGCUGCACCCACUUCUCAGACCCCCGCUGGGAGGGGUGCCUGCCAAGGCAGAGCUGGGGUCCAGGUUUGGGAGGGGGAAGAAGAAAUCUUUAUUUUUGAACCCCCGAGUCUCUUGCUUAAGAAUAAAGAAA